UCAUGGUGGAGGUUUCGCGCCAAAUGUCAAAAAUGGAACUUCUUAACCGGUAUUACAAUAUACGUACACUAAAAGACUGGCUAAACAGACGCAGUGACGGAGACAUGAACAUAACUGUAUUGUUAGAUACUGAUACUCAAAGUUACAAGACACUACUGACUUCAGUGUAUGUGUGUGAGGACAGUGACCGAUGCCCUCUGCCCGGCGUCUUAUUGUCUCAUUACUAUGAGCAGAGGGAACUCAUUUUAAAUGCCAUAGAGAGAAUUUUAUGCAAGAAAGGGUAUGGAAAGAACAUCCUCACAUAUGGAUUUUGUUUGAUGUCUCCAGAUCCUUUUGCACAUAGUUGUGGUGUUAAUGUUGAAAGUAGAUAUCCUAACUCCUGUGUGAACAGAUUAUUCUAUCCAGCAUGGGAGACCUUACUUUCCAGGAUAGGUGACACACUGAUGAUGUACUUGUUAGAACAUACAUCACUCUUCUUACAGAUUACACCGACAUGUCUGGUUCAGAUAACAGGUACACCUAUACAUAACCUAUCUGAAACUGCAGUGGAAGGGAACACUAAAAAAUUCCAUAAAGUUCAGAAAGUCUGGAAUGGAAAUGACUUAGAACAGAAGAACGUUGAUAGAAUUAUGAAAAAUGAGUGUACAGUAGGUGAGAUUGGAAUAGGACUUGAACAGCUGAGUUCUAAACAUAAAGAGUUAGAUUCUAAAGAGAACAAAGAAGAAUUUGCUUCUGGUACAGGUACCAAAGGUGGUUCAGACAGUCUGGUUGUGCUGGAAACAGAAACAGACAUUGAACAUGGCAGAAAUAGACAGACUGGAGAAGAUCGUAAACACAUAUUUUUGACUAAAAAUGAAAACCUAAUGCAUAGAACAAUCUAUAGAUCGUGCAGUAAAAAUGGGUCCUUAAAAACUAAUUUGGAAGCAACGGGGAAAAAGAAGAGAAAAUUUGAAGACAUCAGUGAAGACCGUUUUCAAAAGUUGAAAAGAGAGAGUGAAAAAUAUGCAAAAAGUAGCAGGCAAAAAACAGAUGAUCACAUUUCAAAUACACAUGAUGACCUGGAGGACUUAGACGUGAGAACUGAAGAGAAUCAAGCAGAUGAUGUUGUGAGUAGAAAAGAAAUAUAUCCAAGAAAACGAAAGUUUAGUGAAGUGUCUUGUACUGAUAGUGAAAUUGAAGUCUGUAUGCAGAUGGGCAAGGAUACUAAACGCAGAUGUUUGGAAAAUAAGUAUAAAAGAAACAUUGAAGAUGUUACAAAUACUGGUAACACAAAAGGUGAUGAAACCAUGCAUGACAUUGUCACGCCUGAGGCAGGACAUAACUUAGAUGUAACAAAAAUAGAGAACAAAAAGAGUGUUUUCAGAACUUUGAAAAAGAUCAGAAACAAGAGGAAAAAAACAAAGAGAAAAAAUUUCAAGAUUUCAGAAGAGAGGAAUAAAUCCAAAUCUUCUUUUUGUCCAUUUGAAUACCAUUUACCUGUACCUAGAAACAAUGUGUUAUUUAGCAGAAAUCCAAGAGAAAGGCUACCAAAAUCAGUAUUACUAUCAAAACUGGACUCUACCAUAGAAGAUACCUUGCUACUGUAUAAAGACAUUUUCCAUGAGACCAAAGUUUUCAGGAGAAGUGAAGUACAAGCUACCUACCCUGAUCUUCAUGAGAUGAGGAGGGCUUUGAACAUUCCUGAUAAGGGUUUAAAUCUCACCCAAGACUCCAAAAUCCCUCGGCAUUCUUUCGUAAACAGUUUCCAAACAAGCAACAGAUCUUGUGAGAACGGUCAUCCAAGUUUUUGGAAUGAUUCGACUGGUAAUAAAAUGGGUACGACAUAUUUGACUUGCACAUUUGAGCAAGCAGGAACUUCAAGACAAGUCAGUAUAAAUCAGUCUUGUAGAGAUUUGUCAAGUUGUAGUAAAUCAAAGAAUUGUUCACUACAGUCUGUGGUGACAAAUGAUGAAACUGGUGAUUUAGAAGGUACAUGCAAAUCUAAACCUAGCUCAGAAAUGUUAGAUUCUUGUAAAUUUAAAGUGGAUAAUGCUCUAGCUGUUGGUAAAUGUGAAAAUGGAAUCAAAGAGAGAGUCAAAAGCUGUGAAAAGGAAACACUGCUGGUGAAAAGGAAAUGUGAAAUUCUUCGGAGAAGAAAGGUAGAGUUAAACCAUUUUGCGACAGGUGAUAGCAUAAAGACAAACACAUCAGUAGUGGACGAUGGCAUACACUUUGACAUACCUGCAUAUGGUGACAAUAUUGUAUCUGCAGUAUCACUUCAGGAUAAUAGGUUCACACAGGGUGACAGAAUAAAGUCUGUAGUCUCGGUAGAGGGUAACAGUAAAGAUUGUCAUUGUGAUGGUGUUGUAGCUGGGCAAUGUGGAGGAAAUGGAGUGGAUUUUGAAUGCCAGCAGCAGAAACAAAAGUCUUCUAGUACCAAUGUGGAGUACAUUAGAUCCAGUCUCGGAACAGGGAGACCUGGAAUGUCCUUUAGAGCUGAUAAACAUCCAGCUGUAACUGAGGCAAGUGCAUUUAACUGUGAAGAAAAGAACAGUGAUGGUAAGACAGAAGAUCAAGCUUAUGUAUGUAGCAGUCAACCUACAGAAGUUGCCAAUACACAGACAAUAGAAAUUCCCAUCAUGCCAGAAGUUAUACUUUUGCUGAAACAGUUUAUUGAGAGACACAGGAGAUGUCCGUACAGAGCACUUCUAAAUCACCAUUGUCCCAUUAUAUGCAAGAAAGCAGCCUCAGUCGGCUACCUUAGGAAAAGGCAAGGUUUACUGAAAAGACGUGGUAAUUACUCUGUAUCAGAAUUGUUGAGUAACCAUCAUCAUCAUCGGAAGGUAUACUUGUUCCUUAGAGCCUGCAUAUUGAAGGUGAUGCCAGUUGCUCUGAUAGGGACCAAACAUAACUUGAAUAUUCUACUGAAAAAUGUGUCAAAGAUGAUAUCACUAGGAAAGUAUGACAGACUGACACUUGGCCAGCUCAUGUAUGGAAUAAAAACCACACAAAUUGACUGGCUGACCGAUGCAAGUUCUAACAGUGUCAGACUCCAUGUACUGGCCAAGUUGAUGCUUUGGUUGUGUGGCUAUGUCUUGGUCCUGUUGAAGACAUAUUUUUAUAUCACUGACACUGGAUUCCUUAGAUACAGACUCGUCUACUAUAGACAGACCACCUGGAAUAAACUUCAUAGUCAAGGUUUUAAAGGUUUGAUAAACAGAAAGAUUCUCAAGACUGUUUCAGAGAAAAAGGUUCUAGAAUUGUUGCAAAGCAAGACCAGUCUCGGUGUGUCGUUGCUAAGGUUUCUACCAAAGCCACAAUCUCUCAGACCAAUUACCAAUAUGGGAAACUCAUUGUUGGUCAAUUCAUGGCAGACACAUUCUGUGAACAAGCAGAUACUGGAUCUACACAGCGUCAUGACGUAUCUAAAGAACCGUAACCCAUCUAUUAUCGGCCAUGGAAAGCUUGGCACCAAUGAUAUCUACAAGUCAUGGAAGUCAUUGGUCGGGGAUUGGAAAAAGUCGGACUGUCCCAAGCUGUAUUUUGUCAAGACAGAUAUUUCUAACUGUUAUGAUUCAAUCAGACAGAAUAAGCUGUAUGCUAUAAUGGAGGACAUCUUGAAAAAAGAGAUGAAUGAUGAAGAAUUUAUCAUCAGAAAGUAUUUCACUGUUGGAAUAAAGGAUGGAAACAUGUACAGAAAGUUUCAUCGUGACGUAACCCCAAUGUCCGAGUUCAACCCUGAUUUCUCAUCCUUCUGUACACAGAAAGCAAAUAAGGAGAAGCUGAAGAAUGUCAUCUUUGUGGAUAAGGUUGUAUACCAGCAUGAGACAUGUGAGUCACUGCUGAAGUUACUGAAGAGUCAUCUAUUCAACAAUUUGAUAAAAGUAGGGAACCACUACUGCCUGCAAACCUCAGGAAUCAGUCAAGGAUCAGUUAUUUCCACUUUACUGUGUAGUUUUUACUACGCUGACAUGGAGAGAAGUCUGUUCAAAUUUACUGCGGGAGAAUUCCUGAUGAGAAUUGUGGAUGACUACCUGUAUGUUACACCUUCGCAAGAACAAGCUGUUACCUUCCUGAAUACAAUGAUCAGAGGGGUUCCAGAAUACCACUGCUGUACCAACAAGGAGAAAAUUUUAACAAGUUUCAUGUUUGAACAUAAUGAUGGCAUCCUACCCAUGGUCUCAAUAGACUGGUUUCCUUGGUGUGGUAUAUUCAUCAACACAAGAACACUAGAAAUCAGCAUGGACUUCACCAAGUACUCUGGUUCCAGUAUCAAAGACACAAUGACUGUUGAACUGUCUAAGACACCUGGAAAGUCCUUGAAGGACAAACUUUUGUUUUCUGUCAGACAGAAGUGCCAUUCUUUAUUUGUGGACUCCAGUAUCAAUUCAGAAAAGCAGAUUUUGAGCAACCUGUAUCAGAUGUUCCUUUUGGCCAUGUUCAAGCUGCACUCACACAUUCAGAAACUUCCCCAUAAACAAAGGGCUCAGAAUAAUACUCAGUAUUUCCAUGGAGUUAUCAGAGAGAUGGUGAAUGUGGUAGGCAAGCUGGUGAAGAAGUAUCUGUCCAGGGAUGAAAGUGGUGUGACAAAUGCAUCAAAUAUUAUCACUUGGCUAUGUUUGAAGGCCUGCUAUGUGAAGCUGAGUAGACAUCACCCACUGUAUAAACAGCUGUUGAAAAACGUAAAGAAACAGUUGAAACAUAAACAAGACUCUUUGACUAGUGAAGAUGUAGAUCUGCUAAAUGCUGUUGUGGAUCCAAAUGUACCAGAGGCUUUUCGUCACUUUCUUCCAUAAGUGCAUUUUACCCUUGUUUUGAGUGCAUAUGUGUAGUGGUUUUAUAUAUCCUGCAUGUUGCGACAUCAUUACUGGAUUCAGAAAGAAUUUUAAUUGGUUUGAUAGAUGAAUUUUGUCUGUUGUGAGAAUUAAUUGCGUGACAAAAUGAAAUAACACCCCUUAACAUAACAAACCAAAAUGAAAACCACAUCUUAUAGUUUCUACAUAAAGUUGAAAUAAUAAAGAUCAACUGUAGGGUCCCAUAAUUUAUCUUACUGAGUAGAAGUGAAUAAAGAAAGAAAACAUAA